CAUUGGUCUUGAAGCCCCAAACCAGAAAAUAUAUAUCAUUGCGAUGGAUCAUGUUGUGACCCGGCAUCUAGUAUCAUAACUCAGCCCCAACUGCUCGCUCGCUCGCUUUUCGGAGACACACUUGACCCAAUCAAGCGAUUACUUCUCAGUCAGCAGCGGCUAUCAUAUCAGAGCGAAGAGCAAAACUCGACCGUAUUGACCAGGCAACCGAUCCUUUGCUUGAAAAGUAGUCAAAGUCUUCUGUCUACUGUAUAUGUUGAAUGUAAUCGUCAUGAUGGAGCUUCUUGACGACAUAAUUUACUACAGCUGCGGCCUGGUCUUCUUCCUCCACUCCGUCACCGCAAUCCUGAUCGUCACCCAUGGCCAUUGCACCGUCUAUGCGGCGAGCUUCGUCAUUGCCUGCGCCAUGUGGCUCGUCCUCACUGUGCUGAAUUUGUGGUUCUUCCUGCCGACCGUCAUCCAGGCUGCUGGCGGGAUGCACCUCAAACUCACCCAAACCGGCAACCCCAUCGUCGAUGCCCUGUCCAUAGCUAUAGAAGUGAUAACCAGCGACGCGGCCUGGUACCUCGGUCUCAUGCUAGCAGGCUGGUUCGUCGGCUCCAUGUCGCUCUCGAACGCCCUGACUAUGUGGCAGCGCGAAGGGUGCGAUAUGAUGGAUCCGCAUGUGCACGAGGGGUUCGCGGGCCGACUGGUGGAGUGGGUGUGGAGGGCAGAGGAGUGGGUUGGCAUUGCGGAUGUGGGUGAGAUGGCGUUUUUCGUUGGUCGGGACGGGCUGGAGAGGAGGGAGAAGGGGAGUUGGGUGUUUGCGGUGCCGAGGCGGCUGCAUGGGUGUUAUUUGGGGAUUGUUUGUCAGCCGGUGAGGUUGGAGGAGUGGAGCGAGGAGGCGGGAUACCUGGAGGAAAAGCCGUGA